AGCUGAGUGCUGAGUGCGUCAAAACUACGCAGAACUACGCAGAACUGUGCGUUACGAAUGUGUUGAGUGUGCGGCGCGUGUGCCAUGCGUGUACGUGUGAUAUAAUGCAUUCAAUAAAUCGCUAUGCAUUACUUGCAAAACGUGUAUGAAAAAAUGGAGAAGUUAUGAAAGGUAUCUCACGUAUGUAUCGAUCGGAGAGAGAGAGAAAUCCUGGCAUCGCGUGUAGCUUUCCGUUUGUCACACAAGUUUUCUAUCGCGCGCGUCAUCCUUCGUGAAGUGAGUAUAUCGUCGAUCGCUAUAUACAAGUCGCAUCUCGCGAAAUUGUACGCUAAUCGUAUUAUCGCAUCGAGUUACAAUAUGGACAAGGAGACCAAAGAGGAAGGAAGAGACGAUAAUCUAAAUGAGGAAAAACAAAACGCUUCAUCUGAAUCGUCGGACGUAGAAGAUUGUUCCGAGAUGGAGAGAUUACGCAGAUACCUGGCUCAAAAAUUAAGACUCGUCGACCUGCCGGCGGGUGAGCAAAGUGACGAGUCACAAUUGCAGCCGACCCUUCGCAAGCUCAGUUUGGACGGGAUUGUCGAAUACAUUAAGGAAAAUGAGAAUUGCAAAAUCAUCACUAUGGCAGGCGCUGGCAUUUCUACCUCUGCUGGGAUACCAGAUUUUCGGUCUCCAUCCAGUGGACUUUACCAUAAAUUAGACAAAUAUAAUUUACCCCAUCCGCAAGCAAUUUUCGAGUUAGAGUUUUUCAUGAAGAAUCCAGAGCCAUUCUUCACUCUUGCGAGAGAAUUGUUGCCGGAAGGCUUCAAACCUACGAUAAGCCAUUAUUUUAUUCGCCUACUGUGGGAGAAAGGUUUAUUGUUACGGCAUUACACGCAGAAUAUUGAUACGCUGGAACGUGUAGCUGGAUUGCCAUCUGAAAAACUAGUGGAGGCUCAUGGAACGUUUCACACUGGUCAUUGUCUCAAGUGCCGAGCACCAUAUACACUUCCAUGGAUGAAAGAAAAAAUAAUAGAAGGUGCAAUACCAAAAUGUGAAGAGUGCGAUGAAGGUGUUGUGAAACCUGACAUAGUCUUCUUCGGUGAAAUGCUCCCUGAACGUUUCCAAGUACUUGCUGAUCGAGAUUUCGUAGAGGCUGAUCUUUUGAUUAUCAUGGGAUCAAGUUUAGUAGUGCAACCUUUUGCAUCGCUAGUGGAUAGAGUACGAACCACUUGUCCUCGUUUACUCAUCAACAAUGAAAAAGUGGGUAUGCAAGAUCGUCUAUCACGAUUCUUAGGAUUGCGGCAGGGCUUAGUAUUUGAUGCCAAGAGCGCGCAUGGGGGACGUGACGUAGCCUGGUUGGGUGAUUGUGACACAGGUUGUCAGCUGUUAGCAGACAAACUUGGCUGGAGGGAUGAAUUGCAAGCUCUCAUGCAAAGAGAACGUGAAAGUUUAAAAGCAGAAGACAAAAGCGACAAUUAACUGAUAUUAAUUGGGUAACGAUAAUUGGUAGUGCUUUCUUCUAGAAGGAAUAAAUGGAUUAUCGUUUUAUUAACGAUUUAUGUCAUCUGAAAAAAAAGUUAUAAAGAUAAAAUUUUACUUAAAAUAGGCGACGAGAAAUAUUGUUGGAAUUUUAAAAUAAGAUAUAUAAUACGGUUAAUUUAAGAAUGUAUUUAUAAAUAUCCGUUAAUUUAUCUUAUUGCUUCUCAUAAAAAAUUAAACAAAUGUUAAUGUGCAGAAUUAGGUAUUUUACUAUUGAUUCUAUUCUUGUUAGUCAUUUAUUAUCGGAUUCUUGUACUGUAUAACAAAUCAAGUGCGUUGUAAAAAUGAAUUUUAAAUGAAAUUCAUAUUUGAAAUUAUAUUGUAAAUAAGAAAAAAGUGCUGUAUUUUUUUCAAUAAUCUAUAUGCUUAAUUCUAG